AGGGUGAGGAGGUGCAGCUGCUUGCAAAGAGAACUGCCCCAACUGCGUGAGGUAUGGAAGGACGCCGAUUCACAUCCGAGCUUAUGGGGGAGUAUGACGACGCCAUGGAUUCUGAUCGGUCAGGUGUCGAGGACAUUGCUGGCACUCAGAUGGACCGAGGUGGAGGUGUGGAGCGUGGCUCAGCACGACAAUGGCCGCGCACGACGUUCAACAACGAGGGAUUCCAGCCCGGUGCACAACAAUGGCAGUACACAUCGGCUCCACCUUCUAGCCGGGGAGGGCAUGCGGGAGGUGGAGCGGGAGCGGGUGUUCGUGGUUCUUCCUCCUUGUAUGGUCGCCAAGCGGUGCAAAUGCAUGACGAGUCCAUCGGUGUUUACCCGCCCGCCGAACUGCCGUCUAGCGCGUGGGGAGGGGCGGUAGGCAACGACGAUCCGUCUGAUGCAUGGGCACCGGGGAGUUUGCAGGGUAUGGUGCAUUCCCCGUACGGAUCGGUCAUGUCAUGCGGUGUUACAGGUCCACGACGCUCGUCGCCGGGUGGAAGAAUGGAGAACGUCGUGAUGGCCGAUCACAUGGAAAGGCAGUCGCACGUUCCCGCAAACGCUCACCCACAGCCCCAAACCAUGCGCGCUCAAGUGCAAGGUCCAGUGCCUGCACGUUUGUCUGAAGGCGGAUUCAUGCAUGGACAGUCGUCGGGGUGGGGGGGUGGAUUUCCAAGCUUUGGAACAGCUGGCAGUGGAGAAAGGACUGCGUUUGCAGUUGAGGGGUGGCAUGGCGAGACAACUGCGAUGCAUCUCGGUGAUGAGGCCGUUGCUUCUUCCACACCUUCUCGGUCUGGGGGGCCUGCAGGCAAUGUCGUGGGCAAAAGGACAGCGGACGAUGCUGUCGGCGAAGGUUCGGUCAUGCGGGGCGAUGUCGGUCGAUCGGCGGAGGAUACGGCGUCGGGGCAAAAGAAGCAGCGUGCGAGGAGGGCGCCGAGGGCGGAGGGGGGGAAGAAGAACAACUCGUGGACCUUGGAGGAGCGGAUAGCGACAGCGGAGGACUGCAGGAAGAAGUGGAUGAAACUCAAGGAGAUCGUUAGCCAGAUCGGGGACAAGUGCUACAGGUCUGGGGAGGCAGACUACUUCAACAUGACCACAGAGCAGCGAAGGGAGAAGGACGUCUGCACUACGUUCGAGGAGCCUCUUUGGGAUGUGAUGGAGUGGUGGCGAUUGAAGAAGUCGUACACGUGCGACGCCACUCUCGCUUCAGAGGACCUGGCAGGUGGCGGAGGGAGCGGAUCGGGGCGCAGCGGUGGCGGUAGUGAUGGGGGUGAAGGUGGAGGGGGCAACUUGUCGGGGCAGGGCCAGGGCGGGACCGGACCGGGGCUUGCUGGCGGAGGGAGCCGAUCAGGCGAGAUCGGUGGAGGGAUCGGAACCGGGGAAGGAGGCGUAGGAGGCGGUUCGACGAGGGGUGGGGGUGUCGCAUCCGAUGGCGGUGGCACAGGCGCUUCAGACACGAGUGGCAGGUCGUGCACGACAUCGUCAGGUAGGGUGCGUGGCGACGCACCUGCAUCCUCAAAUUCGACGAGGACAGCCAUGAAAGACUCAGCGAAAACACUUUGCGAAGGUCUCGACAAGGCUUCCGGAACACUGGCUCGUGCUACAUGCGAGGGAUCGACUAUGAUGUCCACGAAGAUCGGCGACGUCGCAGUCCAGAUCGGAGUUGUUGCGGGUGCCAUGCACGAGGGGAAUGCUGUUCUGCAAAGCCUCGUAGCAGUCAUGGCCGCCAGAUCGUCAAACUCCACACGCGACAGAGGAGAGAACGAUCCUUCAUAAAAGGGACUGGCCGAUGUGGACAGGUGACAGACCCGUCAUAAAAGGGACUGGCCGAUGUGGACAGGUGUCCAUUAU